AUGAGAGCUGUCCAAGAUCACUAUGCCAAUUUGACCGUUGUCACAGGGCCAUUUGUCUACUUUCGAGGAGUGACAGUGGAGAUAAGAGAAAAGACUAUUCGAGAAGUCCUGGUAUUGCCUGAAGUAGAAAAUGAUUGGGAAGAUGCAAUUGGCUGCGUCCCAAAUAAGCAUAGGCUUUCGGACACUAUAAAGAAAGCUCUCUGCAGAAAUCACAUUGCGGUGGAAUGGAGCUUGGACAAAUAUGGCUGUCCUGAGGAAUUCCUAACAAAACAUUUGACGGAUCACCAUAGAGGUUGGUUCAACCUGUUUUGCACCAACAUAAUGCCUACCAAAUCUCACCAGUUUGUAUCCGUUGACAGAGCCUUGCUGCUAUUCGCCAUCAUCAACAACAUCACCAUUGAUUUCGCCUCCAUUAUCUGCCAACAAAUGGAGGUUUUUACAGUGGAUGAGAAGGAAAGGGGUUGGUUCUUCCCCAGCCUUUUGACAAGAUUAAUGGAACGGUCCGGUGUCAACUUCAGACCUCAUGAUGAAAGUUCCCUUUUGCCACUACCUUGGUCCUUGCAAGGAUCACCACCAGAUUACGAGCCAUUAGAUUUUGAAGCCGAGGGAAGUCACUAG